AUGAGUUCUGAGUCCACGACAUCGUCCAGGGGCUAUACAAAGAUAAAGGACAUUGGAUCAGGCAGCUAUGGCAAAGCGAUUCUUGUACAGGACAAAGAAAGCAAGCUCUAUGUGAUGAAGAUCAUCGACAUGAGCCGAAUGGAUCCCAAGCAGAGAAAGGAUGCCAUCAACGAGGUGCGUGUGCUUUCUUCCUUGAAACACCCAUAUAUUGUGUCAUACAGGGAAAGCUACAUGUCAGAAGGCCGAAACUUGGCCAUUGUCAUGGACUAUGCAGAUGGUGGGGACCUUCAUCAGCGAAUCCAGCGCACUCGCCAAGCUGGCAAAGUCUUCUCCGAGGAGAGGAUCGUCAGGUGGCUGACAGAAGCGGCAUUGGCUCUCAAGUACUUGCAUGACAAGCAUGUGCUGCACAGAGACUUGAAGAGCCAGAACCUCUUCUUGACUGCUCAGGACCGCCUCCGAAUAGGCGACUUUGGAAUUUCAAGAGUAUUGGAAAGCACAGUUGCCUUCGCAAAGACAACGAUUGGCACUCCGUACUACUUGAGUCCCGAGAUUUGCUUGGAGAAGCCCUACACAUUCAGCAGCGACAUCUGGGCCUUGGGAUGUGUGCUCUACGAGCUGGCUUGUCUCAGGGUACCCUUCGAUGCAACGAGUCUUCAAUCGCUAGUUCAGAAGAUAACGCGAGGACCAACGCCGGUUCUGCCGAACUCAUACUCGCCCGACUUGAGACAUCUCUGUGGCGACUUGCUACACCGUGAACAAACUCAGAGGCCGAGUGCGCAGGAGAUCUUGCAGCGGCCGCUGAUACAGUAUGAAAUUCGGAGAAUGCUCCGAGAGGAGCAGGCGAAAGGAACACGAGCCGAGGCCGGCGGACCCGGCAUGGAGAUGAAGAAGUCGCCGAGUAUCCAGAGCGAGGCAAGAAGGGAGCAUGCUGAGAGUGACGAGGGAGGUUUGUCUUCUCGACAUUGGCAGCAAAAUCCCGCAUUGAAGGGUGUUGGAGCCAGCGUUUGCAUGGAAGGCGGCCACGUGCGCGACCCUUCUCCUUCCAGGCAGAUGGCGCCUGGCCUGCCCCAGCGGCAAUGGGGGGAGCCCAUCGUUGCUGGAGCGCCACGCCAUGCCACACCAGGAAUCAAAGGAAGACGGCCGUGA